AUGGCCAGCCUUCCUGAGACCUUUGACCGACCUGUCCACAUCGCCGUCAUCGGCGGCACCGGCUUGGGCAAGCUUGAGGGCUACACCCCCGUCGCGUCCCUGACCCCGACGACGCCAUGGGGCAAGCCCUCAUCGCCUAUCCAGAUUCUUGAACAUAAUGGAGUGCCCAUCGCCUUCCUCGCCCGCCACGGUCUGCACCACCAGUUUGCUCCUCACGAGGUGCCCGCCCGCGCCAACAUCGCCGCCCUGCGCUCCAUCGGCGUGCGCUGCGUCAUCGCAUUCUCGGCGGUCGGCAGCCUGCGCGAGGAGAUCAAGCCCAUGGACUUUGUGGUCCCGGACCAGGUCAUCGACCGCACCAAGGGCGUGCGCCCUUUCACCUUCUUCGAGGGCGGUGUCGUUGGGCAUGUCGGGUUCGCGGACCCGUUCGACAAGGGGCUCGCCGAGAUCGUGAAGAAGUGCGCGGCGCACAUGCAGGGUGACGGAGUCGUUCUACAUGACAAGGGAACCAUCAUCUGCAUGGAGGGCCCUCAGUUCUCCACCCGCGCCGAGUCGCACAUGUACCGCUCCUGGGGCGGCAGCGUUAUCAACAUGUCGGCUCUUCCUGAGGCCAAGCUCGCCCGCGAGGCCGAGAUGGCCUACCAGAUGAUCUGCAUGGCUACCGACUACGACUGCUGGCACUCAUUCGAGGACGUCGACGUCGCCAUGGUUAUGAAGUACAUGGCCGCCAACGGCGAGAACGCCAAGCGCCUCGUCGGCGGUGUCCUUGACGAGCUGUCUAAGCAGGAGAACAGCAACCUAGUUCUCGCCAAGCAAUGGGAGGGUUCCUCGCAGGGCGCCGUCAAGUUCAUGACCAAGCCCGAGGGUCGCGACCCUGAGGCCAUGAAGAGGGUCGAGUUCCUCUUCCCUGGCUUCUGGAACUAG